GGGGUCCUUGUAGCCGCUACCGUUAGCUGAGCAGCAGCUAGUCAGCUCAUUGGCUAGUUAGUCUCUGAGAGCAUCCUUCUAGAAACACCACUGAGAGGACAAGACUGCUCUUAUCACAGCUAAAGAAGGAAAUCUCUUUGAAGACAAAGAGUAUAAAGAUGCCUUCAGUGAUGGUUGGCAACAAUGCUGUCCAGUCUGCCAUUCCAGACCUGGGAAAUGCAAGUAAUUCUGAGACCAUGAAACAGGUUCUUGCUGUGAUUGACAAGAAGGUUCGCAAUAUGGAAAAGAAAAAGUCCAAACUGGAUGACUGUCAGGCGAGGAAGAGUAAGGGAGAUCAACUGAAUCAGGAUCAGCUGGAUGCCUUGACGAAGUACCAAGAGAUUGCCAACAACCUUGAGUUUGCUCGAGAAUUGCAGAAGAGCUUCCUGGCAUUGGGUCAAGAGAUUCAAAAGGCAGUGAAGAAGACUGCUAGACGGGAGCAGCUGCAGCGGGAGGAGAUGGAACAACGGCGGCUGAAGACAGUGUUGGAGCUUCAGUUUUUACUGGACCAGUUGGGAGAUGAGAGUGUCAGGCAGGACCUUAAACGGCCUGAUGCCACUGGUUCCCCUCUGCUCAGUGACGCUGACCUCAAAUCCCUUGAUGAGUUUUACAAGCUGGUUGGACCUGAUAGGAACUAUGAUGUCAGGUUGACUGAACAAUAUGAAGAAGCGUCAUUGCACUUGUUGGAACUGCUUGAAGGCCGGGACAAGGCUGUGGCAGGGACCACAUACAAGUCACUGAAGGACACUCUGGAGAAAGUGCUGCUGAGUGGUUACUUUGACAGAGCACAAACUCAUCAGAAUGGGAAGUGUGAGGAGGAAGAGGAGCAAGAGGAGCAGACUGUGGUGGCUGAGUCUAAGGCUGGGAAGCAGCCAUCAGAACCUGAAGCAUCAGCUACUGAAAAAUACACAGAGCCAAUUCAAGUGGAAACCACAGAGUUCGUAAACAGACAGUUCAUUCCAGAAACUACGUACAGCAGUACAGAAAAAGACCAAGUGGAGGAGUGGACAGUGGAGGCUCAGAUGGUGAAUUCCCUCCAGCACCAGCCCCCUGCCCAGCUGGCUGCAGAACCAACCGCUACUGUGAACCACGGCAGUCCCCCUCCGGCUGCUGACCCAGUGGUCAGGAAGCAGGUCGUGCAGGACCUCAUGGCCCAAAUGCAGGGGACGUACAACUUCAUGCAGGACUCCAUUUUGGAGUUUGACGGCCAAGCUCUGGACCCAGCCAUCGUGUCCGCCCAGCCGAUGAAGCCUGGGCAGACUGUUGACCUGCAGCAGUUGGGCUGCCCUUCAAGUGAGUCCCACUCAGAGUCCAGACUUCCUCAGACAAGUGAAGUGUCUGGACCACAGGAAUCCUCACAAGCCUCGAUGUCUCUGUCGUCUGAGCAGUCCCCCGCCCCAUGCUCCCUGUCCCCUGCUUUCCCACCUGUCUCCAAACCCACCCACACUGGAGGCAUCAAUGUCAACGCCGCACCCUUCCAGUCAGUGCAAGCGGUCUUUAAUCUGAAUGCACCCGUACCUCCAGCCACUGAUGGCCAAGCAGAUCCUCUGAAGCCGCCCAGCCAGUUCCCUGGUGGCUAUGGACAGGGCUUUAGCAGCCAGUCAGAGAGUACUGUAGACCAGCCUGACAUCCCACAGGAGACAUUCCAGUCAGUUGUUGGUGGGUUCCAGCCCCAAGACCAGGUCAUGCCAUCAACAGGAGGCCAUGAAGAGUCCUCUCCAGGCGCAGGGUUUGGACAGUCAGGUCAGUCCUUUUACAACAGCAGGGCUGUGCCCAGGGGCGGACCCAGGACCGGCCGUGGCAUGAUGAACGGAUACCGGGGCUCCUCCAAUGGAUUCAGAGGGGGAUAUGAAGGUUAUCGCCCUCCUUUCUCAAACGCUCCCAGCAGCGGUUAUGGUCAAACCCAAUUUAAUACGUCUCGGGACUAUUCCAAUAACACCUACCAGCGGGAGGGAUACCAACAAAACUACAAGCGGGGAGCUGCCCAAGGAGCUCGAGGUUUGUCGAGAGGAAAUGCUCAAACAAUGCGAUCCUAAAAGGAUCCUAAGGACCGUCAAGUCGCGCCACGUUUAACAUUCAGGAUUUUUGAAUGUGUUCGCCCCAGCUCACUUUUAUAACAAUGUUUUGUUUCUCAUUGGUAAUCUUAUUUUUUUAACUCUUGGCAUACUUAUCAGAGUCAGCCUGCUUUGGUCUGUCUAGAUCCUCUUAAUGUUCUAACACAAAAUGCUGAACUUCACCACAUGUAGGAUUAUCAGCAAGUCUGUGUGAUAUAAAAACAACAAAUAGAUAUUCCUGUAAACUUGAAAGAUUUCAUUAAUUUAUUUUUUGUACAAAAUAAAUGCAAAAAAUACCCUGCCACUGUCGAUCUGAUUCCAUGAGAAUGACUUUCUCCUGCCCUGUGCUGUCAGACACUUUUUCCUCUUGAUCUUAUAAUUUCCAUAAAGGCAUUUUUUUUUUUUUUUUACCCCCCGUCACCUCUUGCGCCAACACCUCUUUGUACGCUGAUGUUAUUGGUUGAGACUGUUUCAAUAAAGUUGUGUUCUAUUACCUUCUGGUGUGUCUGGCGAGACGGGUCCUGCCCGUCACUCAGCCCUUCGAACCUAUGACAGAUGGGAGUACCAGUAGUCUUUCUUCUGUCAGUGUAAUCAGGUAAUUAAAGCCACUAUGAGGAUUCACAGCAUUUUUUCAAAUUACUUUGAUGGCAUCCAUUUGUUUGUUGAAAAAUGAGACAAUGCCAGUGUAAAUUGGUGAAGGCUAUGUGUUGUGUUCAGCCUGUUCACUCAAAGAUGUGGCUUGUACUACAUGUAUACAGAAAAAUGAAGCCUGCACAUUAGUAGCUCAUGCCUUCGCUCGGAAUAAACUUGGUAAGAACAAA